AUGAGGCUCACGGCGGAGUUGAUAAAUUCGUCGCUGUCGUACAACAACCCGCUCAACGAGCGCGAACUCGAUCUCAGAGGUACGAUUCUCCCAGAAGAUGCCCUGAAAAGGACAGACGCUACACUUCCCAAUUGCUGCAAAGAGAGCUAGUUGAUACAAAGAAUCUAUUCUUACAUAGGCCACAAGAUACCUGGGAUUGAGAACUUGGGUGUCGCCAGAGACCAAGAAUGCAUCGACUUCACCGAUAACAACAUCCAGCAACUCGCCAACUUCCCGCUCUCGCCGCGUCUUCAAAGCCUUCUCCUUACGAAUAACCGAGUCCACACGAUCUCUGAGAGCCUGGGCAAAAAUGUACCGAAUCUCCAUACCCUGGUCUUGACGAAGAACAACUUGUCGGAGUUGGCGGAUCUCGAGCCAUUGAUGGGAUUGAAGAAGUUGGUGUACGUAAGCUUAAUGGGCAAUCCGGUGGCCACAAAGGAGGUUAGUGGGAUCGAAAUCGUGCAAUUGGAAGCCUCGAGGUUGAUGUGUGAGCGCAGAACUACAGAUAUUGGCUGCUCUGGCGAUGCCCGCAGAUUCGAUUUCUCGACUACCAAAAGGUCAAGGACUCCGAACGCUCCAAGGCGAAGGAGUUAUUUGGCACGCAUCAAGCUCCUACCGAGCUUGCACAGAGCAUUCUAGCGACGCGAUCGAGCAAGCAAACCAACUUCGGGGCGCGCACUGCGAAUGGAACGGCUAAGCGCCAGAAGAUGAACUACACGGACGAGGAGAAGAAGCGCUUUCAAAGUCUCAUCCUGAAGGCAAAGGAUCUUGGAGAGAUUGCCAAGUUGGAGAAGCUCUUCAACGAGGGUACGCUGCCUCUUGGCGGUGCAGACGGUGACGCGAUGGACGAGACUUGA